GUGUGGGGCUCGCUGUGGGGCCGAGACAGGCAAUCGGGCGCGCGAUGGCGGGGGCCGCAGCGGGCGGCAGAGGCGGAGGUGCCUGGGGUCCAGGGCGCGGAGGAGCCGGGGGGCUCCGGCGGGGCUGCUCUCCUCCAGCCCCGGCCGGCUCCCCUCGGGCUGGGCUGCAGCCGCUCAGGGCGACGGUCCCCUUCCAGCUGCAGCAGCCGCACCAGCGCCGGGACGGGGGUGGCCGCGCAGCUAGUGUCCCGUGUUCUGUGGCCCCAGAAAAGUCAGUGUGUAGGCCUCAGCCACCCCAGGUCCGACGUACAUUCUCCCUGGACACCAUCCUCAGCUCUUACCUUCUGGGCCAGUGGCCACGAGAUGCUGAUGGGGCCUUCACGUGCUGUACCAAUGACAAGGCCACCCAGACCCCCCUAUCCUGGCAAGAGCUAGAAGGUGAACGAGCCAGCUCCUGCACACACAAGCGCUCAGCAUCCUGGGGCAGCACAGACCACCGAAAAGAGAUUACCAAGUUGAAGCAACAACUGCAGAGGACAAAGCUGAGCCGCGGUGGGAAAGAGAAGGAGCGGGGUUCCCCACUGUUGGGGGACCAUGCUGUGCGGGGAGCACUGAGGGCAUCCCCUCCCAGCUUCCCUGCAGGGUCCCCUAUCCUGCGACUCAGCCCCUGCCUGCACAGAAGCCUGGAAGGGCUCAACCAAGAGCUGGAGGAAGUGUUUGUGAAGGAGCAGGGUGAAGAGGAGCUGCUGCGGCAAAGUGGAGGCCUUUUCUUUACCUCCUGUGGACUCAACCUUGCUCUAUUUGCAGCCUCCUCUCCAGGCCACCCAUCUUUCCUUGAAGAUGGCAGCCCAUCUCCAGUCCUUGCCUUUGCCGCCUCCCCUCGGCCUAAUCACAGCUAUGUCUUCAAACGGGAGCCCCCAGAGGGCUGUGAGAGAGUGCGUGUGUUUGAAGAGGCCGCGUCUCCAGGUCCUGACUUGGCCUUCCUGGCUUCCUGUCCCGACAAGAACAAAGUCCAUUUCAACCCGACCGGCUCAGCCUUCUGCCCCGUCAGCUUGAUGAAGCCCCUGUUCCCCAGCAUGGGUUUCAUCUUCCGAAACUGCCCCUCAAGCCCAGGCUCUCCCCUUCCCCCUGCAAGCCCCAGACCACCACCUCGGAAGGAUCCAGAGACCUCCAAGGCCUCUCCGCUGCCAUUUGAGCCAUGGCAGCGCACUCCUCCUUCAGAAGAACCUGUGCUUUUCCAGAGCUCCCUGGUGGUCUGAGGUUACCAUCCCCCACUUUACCAUGGAGACCAGUGCCUUGGUGGCAGGCCCCUCCCUAGUUCCCCAGAAGUGGGAGACAGAGGAGCCCUUCCCUCUCGGCCUUUGAGCACUUUCAGUUAUUGUGUCAAAGCCCCAGGUCCUCUUUUGAUGGGCACCAGCCCCUCAGAAUAUGAGGGGAUUUGCCUUCUCCACUAGCAGCUUGGCAGCUCACAACUCACAUUUGUGUACCUGCCACUUCCCUUACUUGGUGGAAAACUCACCCAGAAGGUCCUGAGUCUCUCACCCCUGGGCGUGAGUGAGUCUCAGUGACUAUCCAGGAGACCCUUAUUUUUGUUGCAGAGCAAGCUGGCCGUGACCAAAGGAGAGGGGAUGCUACAGAUUUCCUUCCCUCUCCUCCUCCAUAGGCACAGAAGAAGAGACCAGAGGAUAGAUCCCUCAUCCUCUCAGCCCUGUCCCCAUGCCUCCCUCUCAUUGGAGGAACUGACCAAAGCAACCCUGAAGGGCCAUCACACUUGACCAAUUCAGCUGCUGGCAGAGGGGGGAACCAAGCGUUUUCCCAAAUGGCAUUUUCAUCUCGCUUUCACCCUGACUAAAGAUUGUCUUAAGCAGCAGCCCAGCCUACCCAGCCCCAGGUGGGUAGUGGGGGAGAGAGCUGGCAUUUCUUUAAGUGGCAAAUGACAACUCUACACCCUGCCCCAGGGCUAGGUUGGAUUAGAAAAUGCCUAUUUUUCUUGUAUCGAUGUAGAAACUCUAUUUUCUCCCAAAGACACUAUUUUUGCAGCUGUUUGAAGUUUGUAUAUUUUCCGUACUGCAGAGCUACACAAAACUGAAGAAGAAUGUUAAUGUUUAAGUUUUCUUAUCUUGUGUUUAGAGGUUGUUUUUGCAGAUCUUGGUGUUAAUAGACCAAAUAAAUAAGUAUUCCCAGCAAUUUGAA